AUGAAUACCAUUCGACAGGAGCGGAAGUCCUGUGAAGCUUGUCGGUCACGGAAGCUCCGAUGUUCAGGUGAAAAGACCGGUUGCUCACGCUGUCGUGGGCUGGCAUUGCCUUGUAAAUUCAAAGACAAAGGUCUGCCUGGAAGGCCAAGAAAGCUCGUCCAACAAGAGCAACGAGAGGUGGCACCGAGCAGAGUUGAGCGGACUGGAUCAUCCAUUUCCUCCCAGUUCUCGCCUAUCUUUCCUCAUUCACCUUUCACCACCCAAUCAUCAUUUGAUGCACUUAUAGCAGCCGGUCAAUUUGACCUACUGCCAUGUGAGCUAUCCAGAAACUGCGGCUUCGAUUCGUUUCAAUUCGAGAGCACUGACAUCUGUUCCUCGCCUGCCGAACCUUGGCAAGCACUAUGCCAAAAUGGAGGACGUGACCUCGAGCUACCAUCAAAUAACACCGAUUCAUAUAUAUCACCUGUGUCUUUUUCGCAGUCCUGCAAAUGCGAUGAAGAGGUCUCCGACAUCAUCCGGAAUCUAAACCAAGCAAGCAUGUCAAAUGAUAUUCUCCAAACUCUUCGCGCCGGAGUAUCUCUCGCAGAAAGACUACUCACCUGUCCAGCCUGCUACGACAUCUCAAAACCUCCUCGACUCACAGUGCAAAAUGUAUUACUCAUCGGCCAACUCAUGUUCGAAAUAACAUCCAGCUACCAAAGGUACAUACAAUGGUUAUAUAAACAUUGCGCCGAGCUUGACGCAAGAAAUGAGAGUGAGGUCGUCUACCUCGACUCCGGCCUCGGGUUUCCCUCUGAAAUAUCAUUACAACUUAGCGGCGGGAAAUUCCGCGGUCUCGCCAUGCACGGACUGCAGAAGGAUGGCGAACGACUUUCUACUUUGGGGAAACGAUUCGCCCAACGGCAGCGUAAUCGUCAUAUGGUUGGUCAUGAAGCUUGUCCUGAUCUCGAGGGACGGUGUCGGAAAAAAGAGUACUUUGGGGCUGAUCACGAUCCGCUGGAUCUUUGUCCGUUGGACCCUGUGGCGCGAAGAUUGGUGCCAUGUUUUCGGAUUGUCGAUGAGGUUCAGGGGAUGAUUAAGCAAGUCGAGAAUGCUGCUGCAUGA